AUGACAAUCACCUUUGGCUCCUUCGAUGGAGUGUGCAGCACUGCUGCUCUCGUCAUUUGUCCAUUGCUGGGAACCUCUGGAGAAGGCGUAGAGCCUACUUGCUACUCGCGCAAUGUUCAAAUCGGCCAGACCCUCAUCUUCCAGCCUUCCACAUCUUUUGUCCACAUCGUUGCAAUAAUUAUGACGGCAAUCAUGAUCUAUCAUAUUCGCUCAAAGUACACCGCAGUUGGACGGAAAGAGAUCGUGAUGUUCUUUUGGAUGUAUAUGGUCAUCGAACUUCUCGCAAUGUUCCUUGACUCGGGGAUCAUACCAACUUCGAACGUCAGCUAUCCCUGGUUUGCUGCAGUUUAUACAGGUCUAGUAGCAGCUGCCUACUGCUGUCUGCUUAUCAACGGUUUCGUUGGAUUCCAAUUCGCUGAAGACGGGACGCCUCUUUCUCUUUGGCUCCUUCGGAUAUGCUGUUUCGCUGUCUUUGGAGGAUCAUUCUUCAUCGCUAUCGCCACCUUCAAAUCUUUUGUUACAUUCUCCCCGACGAAACCUAUCGCCCUCUUCGUCAUUUACCUCAUAUGGCCCAUCUUAUGCGUCGCCACAUAUACCAUAUUGCAACUCGUUCUUGUAUUCCGGACUCUUGAUGACCGCUGGCCCCUUGGUGACAUCAUAUUUGGGAUCUCGUUUUAUGCGAUCGCACAAGUUCUCCUGUUCGCCUUCAGCGUCACCAUUUGUAAUGCCAUCAAACAUUACUUGGAUGGUCUGUUCUUCUUCACGUUGUGUGUUUUGUUGAGUGUUAUGAUGGUCUACAAAUACUGGGACAGCAUCACGCGUGAAGACCUCGAAUUCUCCGUGGGAUCUAAAGCCGCGGUCUGGGAAGUCAAGGACCCACUUCUCACGGCUUCAGUCACGACUCCUGGUAUAGACUACGAGGAGGAUACAUCAAGUUACCACGCUGGAGCUGCGAGCCUUGUGGGUGAUGUUAGUGGUACGCAGUAUUACGGCGGAAAGCAAGCGUACGGUGCCCAGGCUGGUUACGGACAAGGAGGCUAUGGUGGCGCACGAAGGGCCUAUCCACCGACACCGACAUCUGAAGGCUAUUGA